AUGUACGGGGAACCACUCGCGCAAGCCGACAUUCGCCCCGCAGAAAAAUUCGAUCCAGAGUACACCUUGAGAUUCAAGGACGGCACGUCGGAAAACGAAACCGAGGAGGAGGACAGGGCCAAGCUCAUGAAGCAGUGGUCCGUAUCCAACCAAGCUGCGCGAGCCAACCCUCGCCCUGCUGAAAAAUUCUCUUGUCCAGAAGACAACCCGGCGAACAUCUCCAAGCGUGAAGACGAUAACACAGAAAGGACUCACGAGUCCGACGAGACCAUGGACACGGAGGCGGGAACAUUUUCCACCGUAUACAAAGCAGAAGAUCUAUUAUACGAUGGUUAUCAGAACGAUUGGGACAUCGACAAUGAUCCUGACGAGAAGAAUUGGGAGGUUCCUCCAACCAAGAAGCGCCGCCUAGGGGACAAUCUGAAGGAAUCUGUACCGAGUAAUGGCAAGAAGAAGCCACGAUAUGUUGCGCUCAAAAAGAUAUAUGUUACGAGUAGCCCGCUCCGCAUCCAGAACGAAUUGGAGUUGCUACACCAACUACGAGGAUCUCGCUCUGUCUGUCCGCUCAUCACAGCUUUCAGGCACCAGGACCAAGUUGUGGCAGUUCUUCCAUAUUUCCCACAUACAGAUUUUCGCAUUCAGUACCGCACAUUCUUAGUACGGGACAUGCGUCAUUACUUUCAGUCCCUGUUUACAGCGCUGGCGUUUGUUCAUAAGCAUGGUAUCUUGCAUCGCGACAUCAAACCCACAAAUUUCCUCUAUAAUCCCGAGCAGCGACGAGGAGUCCUAGUGGACUUUGGGCUAGCAGAGCGUAUGGGAUCUGACUAUGCCGGACCUUGCUAUUGCACAUAUACUCCGUCAGUGCGACGAAAUAAAAUCCACAUGAGUUACUAUACAACGCACUCCAUGCACCUACCAAACGGCUAUCCAAAAAACGACCCUCGUCCCUCUCGAAGAGCCAACCGAGCUGGGACACGUGGGUUUCGAGCGCCGGAAGUGCUGUUCAAGUGCACAUCGCAAACAACAGCCAUAGAUAUGUGGUCUGCCGGGGUCAUCCUGCUCACAUUCCUCGGGCGUCGGUUCCCAUUCUUCAAUUCCGCCGACGAUGUCGACGCCCUGGUUGAGAUGGCAAGUAUAUUUGGCAACCGACGCAUGAAACACGCCGCAUCUUUGCAUGGGCAGGUUUUCGAGACCAACAUUCCUACAAUUGGGGAGAAGGGCCACAGCUGGGAGAAACUCAUCAUUUGGUCAAGCUGUGUGGAAGAUCUGACCGAGAGCGAGAAACAGGCCAUUCGUCUGCUUUCGGGACUUAUGGAAUUGGAUCCCGAGAAAAGACUCACCGCGAGGCAGGCAUUGCAGCAUGAGUUCUUCUUGAAGCCUAUUGAUCACGACAUUGAAUGGGGUGGAGUGCCUGAAAGCGUCGAAGAGAGCAGCGAUUCCACAGGUGAGGAUGACCAGCAGGAGGGAGCCAAGGAUGAGGUGGACAUGCUUUGA